AGAAUAACGUUAAAUAUUCCUUAGAUGUUGGCAUUCCUUGGCGUCCUCCCCAAGUCAUUUUGACCGGCCAAAACCUUCUUCUCCAAGCAUGAUCUUAUGACCAAAAGAGGAUACAUCUCUCUAUAUAUGUGCUCGGAUGGAUUCAAGAGUGGGCCGUGAAGAGAGUGAUACAGACAUGGGAGAGGCGAAACAAGUGAAGUUGUAUGGCUUCUGGCUCAGCCCUUACUGCACGCUGGUCCAUCUUGCUCUUAAGCUCAAGGGGGUGGCCUAUGAGUACGUGGAGGAAGACCUCACCAACAAGAGCGCCACGCUUCUGCAGCUGAACCCGGUGCACCAGAAGGUGCCGGUUCUUGUGGUGGACGGGAAGCCGGUGGCGGAAUCGCGUGUGAUCUUGGAGUACAUCGAUGAGACGUGGGCGGAGCCUUCCUUCCUCCCCAGUGAUCCUUACUCUAGGGCUAGGGUUCGCUUUUGGGUUGAUUUCUUCUACCAAAGGAUGGUGCCUCCUAGUUAUGCCAUUAUACGUUCCCAAGGAGAGGAACUGGAGAAGGCAACAAAGGAGUUCAUCGAGGUACUAAGAAUACUGGAGAAAGGAAUCAUGGAGGACUUCCCACGGAAGAAGGGGCCAUUUAUCCAUGGCAGCUCCCCUGGUCUCCUUGACAUAAUUGUAGGUGCAGGCAAUCCAGGAACGAAGGCCAUCGAGGAGGUGGCUGAUGUGAAGCUAUUUAACGAGGAGAUGACACCACAACUCUACUCCUAUGUUCAUGCGUUUCUGAGCCUUGACCUUGUCAAGAACACAGUGGUGCCUUACGACCAAGUGUUGGAAGCUAUCAAGGAACGCAGAAUGAUGGCUCUCUCUUCUUCUAAAGAAUAGACAACAUGGUUUAUAGGAAGAGUGAUUGCUGUUGUUCUAUCGAAUGCAAUCUGUUUCCGCAGUGUGACUGUGUAUUACCUAAAAGAAAUUGUCUAAACAUCACUUGGAGUUUCUUGUGAUGUGUCUGUACUCAGCAAAAGAUCAUCCACCAAAUAAAGUGACAAGAUUAGUCCCU